CAGAGAGAGAAAGAUUAUGUUUUGUGGAAAGAACUGUUUCUUACAUUUUCCCGUUUAGUAUUUUAUAUGUACGAUUAUUUACAAAAGAGAAAUUUGGAUAAACCGAUUUGACGUUAUUAUGGCCGGAUCAGCACUUAGGAGACUUAUGGCAGAAUACAAACAAUUAACUUUGAAUCCCCCAGAAGGUAUUAUAGCAGGUCCUAUAAACGAAGAAAAUUUUUUUGAAUGGGAAGCACUAAUAACGGGACCAGAGGGUACAUGUUUCGAAGGUGGCGUUUUUCCUGCUAAACUAAUUUUCCCUCCGGAUUAUCCGCUUAGCCCCCCAAAAAUGCAAUUUACCUGCGAGAUGUUCCACCCAAAUAUUUAUUCAGAUGGUAGAGUAUGUAUAUCAAUUCUUCACGCUCCUGGAGACGAUCCGAUGGGUUAUGAAUCUAGUGCUGAGAGAUGGUCUCCUGUGCAGAGCGUUGAGAAAAUAUUAUUGUCCGUUGUCAGCAUGCUCGCCGAACCAAACGAUGAAAGUGGUGCUAAUGUCGACGCAGCAAAGAUGUGGAGAGAAAAUAGAGAUGAAUUUAAUAAAAUUGCAGAGCGAAUAGUAAGGAGAACUUUAGGCAUUCCUACGUAAUUUCAUACAUUUUUUUUAUUUUGAUAUGUACUGAUUUCCACGGUAUAAAUUUGGGAUCGUUUUAUAAUUUGUUUAUAAAUUUGCAAGGGCAAUUGCAUUACAUAUUUUUAAGUAUAUGUGUUAUCAGAAACUGUUAUUUGUUAAAUAUAUUUAUUUAUUAGAAGUUAUUUUUAUCUUGUUUGGUACAUGCUAAAAAGGAAAAACAGCCUUUAACCAUUGUAAUUUAUUUCCAAUAUAAUCGACAGGAACAUAAUGAAUUAAUCAAUGGAAACAAGUACAUGCAAGAAAGGCUAAACCAGAAAAAUAAUAAAUUAUAUUAGGGUCUAACUAUUUACUGCAAAUAAACCCAUAAUUCAUCCUCUAAUAUACGCUGUUCACAACCUAUGAAAUAUUUCCAUUUUUUUUUACUACUACAAACUAUUGUGCGUUUUUUUACAUUAUACAAAACCUUAGGACUACCUUAAAAACCUACCGCUACAUUAAAAAGCAUAAACUCACUAAAAUCACAUUACAACUUUGGUCUGAAAGGUAAUUGCACAAAAAAAAUCGUUCCAGAUCAAUGAUAAUUGUUACUACAAAACCCACAAUAAUAUAACAUGACUGGAUAAAUGCAGCAUUAUUAGGCAGGGCCUAUCGUGAGGCAAGGGGCUAUAGAGGCCCUUUUUCUGAAAUAAAACAAAAAAAAACUUAAAAUUUAAAAGCCUAAACACGUUUUGGUCUGUUCCUAAAAAAAAGGUCACACAAUCAGCGACUUGCCGAUAACACUUUUUGGUUUGAUUCUAAAAAAAAAGCAAAAUCUAAACACUGGUUUAAUUUCGACAGAUCUUGCCGAGGCCCCCUGAUCUCUUGAAGCCCAGGGCUAUAGCCUCCGUAGCCCUCUCCUAAUGCCGGGUCUGUUAUUAGGGUUGCCAGAUCGUUACUACAGCAAAAAAAUUAUACGA